AUGGCUUUACCCCGUGUAAUUAAUGGGAUGUUGCGAACCAAAGCUAUUUAUUCAGUGUCUAGCAGGAGUGUGGUAUCACAUGAACCAUGGAAGCCCGGUCCAUAUCCAAAAACUGAAGAGGAACGACUAGCUGCUGCAAAGAAGUAUGGCCUGUUACCGGAGGAGUAUGCACCACACCCUGAUGAUGGUCUAGGUUUUGGUGACUAUCCAAAGUUACCAGACAUUGGCCAAGAUUCCAAAAGUGAAUAUUAUCCAUGGGACUGCCCUGAACAUAAUAGAAACUUUGGUGAGAUAAUGCACGUUCAUUCUGACAUGUGGGGUUCAGACAAAGGCGACCCAAAUUAUAGAGAAAAAGCUAGAUAUCCUGACUGGCAGAGAGUAUUGUCAUUGUUCGCAGCAGUUUUUGGAAUAAGUGGAUUGAUGUUUUCUGGAGAUUAUUUGUGUAAACGAUAUAAACCAUACAUGCCUAAACAAUGGCCUCAAGAAAAUGUGAAACAUUUUACUUAUUCAGAUAAAUAUUUCUGA